AGAGUGAAAUUAGAAAUUGAAGCAAUGAAAACUUUAUUGCAUAAACACGUAUGUAGACUUUAUCAAGUCAUUGAGACUGAGUCCCAUUAUUUUAUGGUCAUUGAAUACUGCUCAGGUGGAGAACUUUUUGAUCACAUAGCAUUGUCGUUGGAUUAAAACCAAAACGGCUGGUUGAUGAAGGCUGGAUAACGAACUCUUUCUUCUGUUUAGGACCCAAAAAGAGUGUGCUACAGCCCGAUUCGAUUCGUUUAUUUUUUCGAGAGUUAUUGUGCUUAUGGACAAACGGCCGGCCAGAUAGACACAAUCGUGAAAACUUAAAACACUUAGGUGUGAAAUUUAGGACUGAAAUGGUUCAGUAUAUAAAAUUAAUAUAUAUUUACAAAAUUAAUUCUAAAACGGGCGAAACAGAAAACAAAUAUGCCCCUGAAUGACUGGCGAAUUCCUGAGCAGAAGAGUUAUAUAGGUUACAAGUGCCGUUACGCGGAACAGGUGCCGUUGCGUGCGCAACCAGCCUGAGAAGAAGGGAUGAUCGAAGUCGCGACGUUGGGACUAGCCUGAUAACUGAAGAACGACGGGAUCGACAGUCGGCGCCAAAUAGUAGAUACGGACAAACGUUUGGCUCUCGACUCUAAGAGGCGAUAGAUCGUUCCAGGAAUUCCGUUCACCACUAAAUGGUACCUAGCUGCCUCAUCAAAAAGAAAAUUGAGAAAAAUAGGCUUAGUGAAACUGAGUCGCGUAAGUUUUUUAGACAGAUAGUAUCCGCUGUAGCUUACCUACAUAGCCUGGGAUAUGCACACCGGGAUUUGAAACCAGAAAACGUAUUGCUGGACAGAGAUCAAAAUUUAAAACUGAUAGACUUUGGCUUAUGUGCCAAACCGAAGGGCGGAAUGCAAAAUCAUUUGUACACAUCGUGUGGGUCGCCUACCUAUGCUGCUCCGGAAUUAAUUCUGGGCAAAAAAUAUUUAGGUUCUCAAGUUGACAUUUGGAGUAUGGGAGUUCUUCUUUACGCUCUUCUUUGUGGUUUUCUUCCCUUCGAUGACAACAGCAUUGAGAACCUCUAUAAAAAAAUUCUCAAUGGGAAAUAUGACGAACCUAGCUGGCUUUCUCAGAGUAGUCAGAGAUUAAUUCGUGCUAUGUUACAAACUGAUCCAUCAAAAAGGAUUAACAUACAAGAAUUGUGCUAUCACCCAUGGAUCACGACAGGAUUCUUAAAUCCAGUCAUGUUCACGAAGAAAACUAAUUUUGAAAAGGACGAAGAGGUCUUAAGUACUAUGUCUGCAUUUUGUGGAGACUUUGAGGAAGAUCUAUGGAGACAAAUGGUGCAAAGUAAUCGCACAGAAUAUAAAACCGCAACAUAUUUAUUACUACUGGAUAGAAAACGACGCGGUCAAUCUUUAAGGAUUUCCACCUUCACUAAGUCACAAUUCAAACAGGAAUCAGUGGUAAAAGAAAUUCCUCGUUAUAAAGGUGGAGUUCACAAUUUCCUGACAAAACUUGAGCAGUCCCCUGGAAUAAGAAUUAACAACUCUGCAAAUCCAGAGACUGCAUAUGCUUUGAUUUCAAAAACCCCAGAUAAUGAUAAAGCAGACGCUAACAAUUUUAUGGAACCUCAACUUCCAGGACGUAAACGGUUGCGAAGCAUGGAUGUAGAUGACACGUCUUCUCCAACUCCUUCAAAAAAACCAAACACUCGAAGUAAGCAGGUUGUAACACUCACUCCGUCCAUCAUAUCUAAUUCCUCCACGAAGACUCCGGAAGUCAGAACACGACAGUCCACUACUACCCCUGGAAGUGCUAGAAAAGUUAUUCUCGGAUUGGAACGAGGAUUAAACCGUGUUAGGUGUGUACUUACACCAAAACGAAGUACAAAGAGCGAAAUUGUAGGUCGUGAAGAACCAACUGUUCUCUCUGGAAAGGGCCUGUGUAAUGUCUCAUCAACUUCGAGCAAGUGUCCAAAGUACGUACUUUCCAGACUUCGGCGGGCUCUUCAACACAAAGGAAUUGUCUGCCGUCAGAAAGGAUAUAUACUGCAAGGAGAGACUGAAUUCAUUGGGACAGAACUAAAAAAAGACUCAGCGAGACCUUUUUCGUCGAGAAAUGCUUGUUCAUUUGAAUUAGAAGUGUGCAUAUUAAAGGAUGUUAUGAGUGAAAAUCCACUGGUUGGUAUAAGAAGAAAAAGGUUAAAAGGAGAUGCUUGGGUUUAUAGACGUGUUUGCGAGGAGGUCCUUGCUCUGGCUGCUGAGGAUAUAUCGAUAGAGCAAGAAAAUAACGCGGAAUCAAAGUGUCUUAUCUAACUUUCAGAUUGAUUGUUUUGAAUAUUCUAUGAUUUACAUCACGCAAAAGUCACUAUAAUAGGUAGAAUAACAUGUGAUAGUUUUUGCACAUAAGAAAAACAAAUGCGCAUGUGUCUUUUAAAUUCCAACUAUUCCAGUAAUAAUUUUCGUCAAUUCACUCAUGGAGGAGCAAUUUGAUUGACGUAAUUUCAAAAGAAUUAAAUCCUUUGUCUUUGUUUUAACUUUAGAUGCAGAAGGAUUCUUUAUUGUUACAUUUAAUUUGCUAAAUUCUGUUCAAAUUUAUAAGAUACUGUAUAUAAAUAGGAAAAGUGAAUGAACAUUAAAAUUCUUGGCUUUAUUUUACAAUGGGUAUAUGAUACGUGUAUCUAUUUCCUAGGAGAUUGUUCAUCUCAAUGGAUUAGUAUCUGAGCAGUUGUUUAAGACACGUUAUAUACAGUCUUUUUUUUGUAUGACCAAUAUGUAUAGAAGAAUGUUAUUUUCAAUGCUUUCAUCAUAUUCUUAUUUGAUGUUAAAAUAUUUAAGAUAUUAAAGUUUAUGACUGUAUGAGUACUACUUACCUAUCUGAAAUAAAUGUUUAUUUACCUUA